AUGUGCCCUUCCCCCGCUACUCUCGACCAAAAACCAGAAGGGGUAGUUACAUUUGGCUCUACAUCCUGCAAACCAAACAACAUUACAAUUAUUAAGGAAUGUAUCUCAAAAGAAAAUGAAGACCCCUCAAUGAAAAUCAUUUCGAACGGACGAAUACAAGAUCCCGAAUUAAUACCAUAUUUUAAAAGGAAUAAUCCCUUUACCUGUGGUACCGAUAAAUGGCAGUUUCAUUACGCCAAACGCCAUUCAGACGCUCUUACAAAUUUCAACGAAACAAAUAAGUAUCUAGUUUAUCAAUGUCGGAAAGGGUCAUGCGCCGGGUGGGGUGAUCGAAUCAUUGGAAUUAUUACUACAUUUUAUUUUACCUUAAUUUCAGACCGUAUAUUUUUGAUUGAUCACACAAAUCCAACAGAUCUGGAGAAUUCGUUGACAUUUAACGCAAUAGAUUGGAGAUUUUCUAGGCAGAAACAAAAGCUUGAAAGACUCUCCUCCAAAUAUUCUGAUGUUUAUUUUUGCGUGGUUGAUAAGCCUCUCAGAAAACAGUUCGAGUUUGAGGAUUUUAGGAGCUUACUUUCUACGGACGUAGAAUUUGUUUUAUUCAACGAACGAGUCUACACUUACAUGCAUGACAAUCCAAAGCUUAGUGAACGAAGAAAAGAACUGGGUCUUGAUCGUAUGAGUUUUUUUGACAUUUUUGGUUGUUUAUUUCAGUUUCUAUUUAAGCCAAAUCAGUCAAUGAAAGACCUUAUCCAACCAAUUUAUUGGAAUAAUUUUAAGACUCACCCAACACAAAAAGUUAUUGGGGUUCAAAUACGAACUGGUGAGGGUGUUGGAGAGCCACCACGACUUCUAGAUACAACAAAAUCGGCGUUCUGGUCUUGCAUCGAUCAGGUGUCUGCAAGAAUCAAGCAAGCAGCACCCAACAACACAGAGCCAAAAAUCUUUCUGACAACAGACAGCAAUGCAAUCAAAGAGUACGCUAGACACAGAUAUAAGGACAGGCUAAUUACAUUCAAUACGGAAAUAGCACAUGUUGACUACAGUGCAUCUAAAGGUGUAUUUCAGUCGACCCUAGCAGAAUUUAUGAUGCUCGCCAUGUGUGACGAAUUCAUCAUAUCACGCUCCAAUUUUGGAGAAGCUGCUUCAAUGUUGAAUUUCAAUUCUCGAUACAAAAUACCAGGGGCAAAAUGUGAUGUGGAUCCACCUGAAUUUGAACUUGCUUCUGGUCAUAUCAUAAUCAAAAGCUUUAAAGCACACUAG